AUGGAACGGAGUCAUUUUGAACCCUUCGAUAUUACCAAAACAUCGCUGGUAGCCAACAUAUACUAUUGCGAGCAUUGUCAGAAGAUCAUCACGGACGCGUCGCAGGCUUCUCGAAAAAACCACAAUAAGCUGUGUGCUGCAAAGUGUCGUCGAUGUGGAGUUCUCAACUGUGCCACGCCCACCCUGGAAGAUUUAUCGGCCAAGUAUAAUAAGAAAUGCGAUACAUGUCGGGUGACAUUCCAUGCAAAAGCGUGCUAUGAGAGCCAUUUGGUGAAGAGCUCGAGUCCCGUAAACCCAAAAUGUAAUUGCGACUUGUUCAGAUACGUGCUACGAAAGGACCCGCACACGUUCCAAAUGUUAUUUGCGGUCAAUUCAUGUGCAAUAAUUGCGUCGGGAUGUCAUCACUGUGGACAGCAACACCAAUUCACAUAUAAGGAUGAGGCGACCAAAGGACAGGCGAUGAAGCAAUUCGUAGAGUUUAUGUGCAAUGACAUUCGAUUCAACAACUGCAUCAUACUCGCCCACAAUGAUGGUAAAUAUGACCACAGCUACAUCUUGGCCGAGGUGACGGGAGCCACGCCAAAUAUUCUGAUGAAUGGAAAUCAGAUUAUUCAAGCAGAAGUGGUGUUGAAUGACAAAAUAAAGAUCACCUUCGAGGACACCUUAGUACUUCUUGCCAAUGGCUCUCAGUCAGAUGUCUUUGGAUUCGAAAUGUGUCAAUAA